AUGAAAACCUUUGUCGGGCUUUCAAAAGCACGACGAGAUCCACACGAUGUGAUAAAGGCUAUCUUCAGCAGCCAUCUGAGAUACUCAUAUGCCGCGUUUCGCCAGGUAUCAUUGCUCUAUGAGCAGUCGUUUGACGACGACGAAUUUGAAGAAAUAUUGCGGACUAAGAUUCACGAUAAGAUUGGUCUCUCUCACAAGGUCGUCGUCAUCGGAGGUGGUCGCAUUUCAGAUGGUAUCGCUGUCACUCCUGGUGUGAAGGGGGCAAUAGUAGACCGUCUCAAAGAAGUGUACUGCACGUAUGUCUGGGCUUUCGGUGAUAGCCCGCUCGAUAUCGACAUGCUGAGCAGAGCCGAUGAAGCUAUUGUUGCUGUGGGGGACGUUAGCACCAGAAGCCAAUCAAUGGAGACUGAACUAGCAACUGCUAUCGAUAGCGGUCGACUGCGCGCGCGCCAAUUACUCCUACCGGAAGGGAUACCAUCACGCCUAGACGCCGAAAGGCUUCCUACAGUUCGACUGGAGUUACUGAUGAGCCCAAUUGACUUUCGAUUCCGUGUGCUCUACAGUACAGAUACAAACGCAGCGAAGCUAUUAGCGACGGCUCCGGCCUCGAGACAGUUCAGAUACCUCACGUUCAGGGGCAUACACGGGUUCGAGCUCUUCCAAGAGUCGAGGACAGUAAUAAAAGCACUGAAGCGGGGAGGGGAGCCAAUGGCCUUCGGGGUCAGUGAUGCAUUCCCGAAUGCGAUGUUCCUACACGCUCGUUGUGUGGCGGAAAUUGAGGAAACACAUUUGAAAGACAAAAAUGCUGUCAUACUUGUAGAUUCAGUCAUUGAUACCGGAAAGUCUGUCUUCCAAAUGGCGCAGCAUAUCCGUGAGAUCAAUACGGCCAUAUAUAUUGUGGUAGUGGCUGGCGUUGUUCAGAAGCAGGCUGUGUCUGUUCGCAGUCCGCUUCACACUUUUGCGCGCGAGGGGAACAUCCACCAUCUUGCCCUUCGUCUCUUGACGAACAAAUACACAGGCAGGGGCUCGACGGAUACUGGAAACAGACUCUCCAGCACAGUACACUUGAAGUGGUAG